AGUUGCAAACGUUUUAGAGUAUUUAACCUAUGCCGGGUAUAACUCCCGCCAGUACACUUGAAAAAGAGUAAAGGUCAUCGGAGGAGACGCCGCCGGAACUGCAAAAAUCCGAAAGCCACAGUGAAGAUAGGUAUCAUGGCUUGGUGGGAAGGUGUUGACGAAACGCGUGUUCUUAUUGUGCCAGAUCCUCCUGCAACUGGGAACGGCAUGGGGAAGCUUUUAUAUCUUCGGCAUCCAAAAUCUGGAGACAAAGCUUGUUAUCUUUUUGUUGAUGGAACUCUUCAAGAAGUUCAUUGGUUCAAGCACUCUUAUGGGUCUUGGUUCCUUGGGGAUUACGUUUGUGAAGAUGGGCGCUUAUAUACUGCUACACCAGUUGAUCCUGUUUUUGUUUUGUUGCCUGUUUUUGAGGAAGCACGAAUGAAGAAAAAAGAUGAUCCAGGAAUGUUUAGGCAGUUGGAUGAAAUAAUUUAUGUCAGUGGUUAUCCUGGGUAUCAGUAUCUUUCGUCCAUUGCAGAGAAAUCCAUGCAAGUCGUUUGUGAUUUUAAAGAAAUGGGAUCAACAAAGUUCUUUAGACUUAAUGAUGAAAAGGUUAUUAGAUGGCUGUGCUUUAAGGUAGAAGAACUGAGGAAGACUCUGGUGACAUUAGAUAAGAACUUUGCUGCUCGGGAUAAGAAAGAUACAUUGACCGAUACGGUUUCAAUUGUUGGAGAAUACUUGAAGGAAGAUCCUUGGUUGAAGCUCCUUUGCAGUAAAUUAAGGAUAGACUUGAGAAAGGAAACAAAAGCAUUGGAUCUUGAAUGCUUUCCAUCACCAGAAGUAAAUCUUUAUGACCAGGGAAAGGGUGAAACUGAUGGUAAAACUACUGGAACAAGAAGGCAAACUAAGAAGGCCAAAGUGGAGACGAGCUCACAGAACAUCAAGGACAUGUUUAACAGGGCUACAAGGAAAAAAAGGUAAACUCAAAUAAGCCAACAGAAGAGGAUGAAUGAAACAGUCUUUUAAGCGGGAAUUCAAGAUUCGGGUGAAAUUUUAAGCCGGAAAGUGGAGUUUCCAUAUGAAUGCAUUGAACAGGAGCCUUAGCACAUCAGUGCUGUGAGUAAAUUACUUCUGCAUCACAUUUGACAACUAUACCUGAGCAGAUGGUUAUAUGUUAUUGUUGUAUUCUAGUAAAGUUGUCUUAUGUUUUAGAAUUGCAGUGUCUUUUUGUUGAACAAUAUGUAACACUUAACAUUCAUAUCUCUUUUACUUUAAUUAGAGUUUUUAGGUUUGAGCUUCUAGGAA